AUGGUAAAAACAAAUGAAAAGAAAAUAUUAUUAGUAAAGAACAAACAGAAUUCAAUUAAAACGAAGAAAAAGAAUGUCGAAAAUUGUAUUUUCAAAGAAAAGAAAGCAAACAAUAACUGUGGAUAUAGGAAACAACUUGACUCAAUAGCUGAAAAAGAUCCUGAGUUUUUCAGAUAUCUUAAAGAGCAGGAAGCUGAUCUUCUUGAUUUUAAUGAAUCUGAUAUCGAUUUAUCAGAAGAUUCUGAUGAACACUCUGUGGAAAUGGAUAUUUCUGACUCACAGCAAGAUGUGCACAUGGAUGAUAUGUAUUCAGGGAAGACCAAACUGGAUCAAGAUGGUGGCCGUUUUAUUGAUAAUCCUCCAAUAUCGGCUAUAAAAACAGCAGUGGAUCUAUUUUCAGCAUGUGUUGCAAGAGUGGGAGUGUUCGAACGAAUAGUGCGAAUGUGUUUCGCGCAUUUGGGUAAAUUAUUAUUUGUUAAAUUAAAACCAGUUGAUUCGUUGAAUAUGAAAUUAAAGAAUGGAGAGAAGUGUCGCAAAAUUGGCAAGUUAUCUAGCAAUUCUGUUAUGUACCGUUUUCGUAAAUGGAAAAAGUAUAAUUCGCUCGUCAAAUCUUAUUUAAACUAUCUUCUCCUGUUCUUGAAUGAGCUACAGUCACCGGACGUAUUGGUUUGUACACUUCAUGCUAUAACUGAAGUUAUCAGUCUUUAUGGCCAUUUCAAUAAAUUAACCAGAAAUCUUAUCAAGUCUCUUGUACGAAUAUGGAGUCGCAAAACUGAUGAAUGUCGCUGCGCAGCUUUUAUAGCAAUUUUUAAAUUCAUUAGAUCCAACAAAUCGAUAUAUUCAGCCAUUAUAAAGGCGUGUUAUUUCGGAUAUGUAACGAAUGUUCGUGAAGUUACACCUGAGUCUUGGCCAUUAAUUACUUUUAUGCAAAAAUCUUUUGCUGAAAUUUGUUUUAUUGAUAUAGCGAUUUCUUACCAAUAUGCUUUCAUGUACAUAAGGCAAACAGCUAUUCACCUUCGCAAUGCUAUGAUCGCCAAACGGAAGGACUUAAUUCAAACUGUCUAUAAUUGGCAAUUCAUCCAGUGUCUAUAUCUCUGGGCAACUGUCAUUAGUAGAGUUGCUCGUUCGGAAGACCGCGUUUAUAUACGACGUGAUGAUAUUUUUCAAAGAUUGCACGGUUUAAUGGAGCUUGCUUAUCCGCUUUGUCAAAUUACGAUUGCUACUUUCAAAUUGUAUCCUUCGCCAAAAUUUUUACCAUUAAAGUUGCACUGUAUCCGUAUUCUUCUAUUAUUACAAGUUAAUUGCAAUAUUUAUAUACCAGCGCUUUCGUUAGCGGUUCAGCUAUGUGACGAUGCUGUCAAUAUGGUACUGAAAAAACCGAAAAAAGGAAAGGGAACUAUUAGGGCGGUUGAUAUAACCUGUAUGAUAAAGGCUUCAUCUUCUCAUAUGGAGGAGAAUGGAUAUAGACAUAAAGCUUUAGAUGCUCUUUUUAAAGUUCUGUUAGAAGCAGCAUAUAUUCUUCGAUCAAGCUGUGCAUUUCCGGAUUUAAUUGUUCCACUGAAUGUGCAAGUAAAUUUUUACCCGUAUCAUCUUUUGGUUAGCUGCAUGACGAUCGAUUUGUUUCCUUAUAUCACAUAUAAUAUAUUAAAAGCUUUAUCAGUCGUUGUCGAUCAAUUAAAUAUGCUAACCUUUUCAAAUCUUUGA